AUGGACUUCCUCCGGUCAAAAGGGCACCCUAUUCCCAAAGUUCACACCUACUCCUUUACGUCAGAGAACGAGGCAGGGAUACCAAGUAUGGUGAUGGAAUACGUUAGUGAAGGCAUCGAAUUGAGCCAGAUAUGGUUCCAUCUCGAGGAAGAUGGUAUCAUCUCUCUUAUGGACCAGCCUGCCAAGCUUGAGUUUACAAUGAUGCCCAUCGCUUUUCCCGCGGGCGGGAGCAUCUAUUACAUAAGAGACCUUAAGGAGCUAUCUGGGAAGGAGGGAAUCCCGCUCAACGAGCAGAUCGAGAGCGCCUCGCUCGAGAAGGAGAGGUUCUGCCUUGGGCCAGAUGUAUCGGUGCCGCUGUGGUAUGGACGAAGGGAACAGCUGGAUGCGUUUAGAGGACCGUAUGAAGACGCUGAGUCGGUGCUAACAACGGGAGCCAAGAAAGAGCUCGCCUACCUAGACUACUUUGGCCCACCGAGGAAACCUUACCGGCGGUUCCGAAGAGAGUUCUACAAUUACGAGAAGCAAUCACCGUCGGAGCACGCUAAGAAUCUUCGUCACUGUCUCCAUCUCCCACCGUCGCUCGUGCCAGACGAUGAACUCGUGAACAUUUUCCGCAUCCGCCACCCCGACCUGACUGACAGCCAUACCUGGCAGCAUGCUGCUGUCUUACUCCUCUUCCUCCACGCCGGUAUGCCCAGCGCCAUCCAGAACGAAGAGGACGAAGUCUCUCAAAGGAUGAUCAAGCCUAAGCUACCGGGAGACUUCGGAAAGCUAUCGGAAGAAGAUCAAAAACAGGAGACGGAGCACCUCCGUCGUCGUCUUCUUCACUACCACUAUAUCCUCAGUACCGCAGCACACAACAGAAUCCCCCACAAUGGUCUGAUUUAUCCGUUGAAUCAUUUCCGUCGCCGCAUUUUCAAUCACGCGACUGCUGUGUGGGAAGGUGAGACCAUUGAUUUGUUGUAUGCGCUGAUGGAUAUGGUGUCUGGCUGGGCACAUUCUGGGAAAGACGGCACGCCAUGUCCAGUCGUGUUCACGGAGGACGAGAGAGAUGCGGCGGAGAAUCCGUAUCAGGCACUGGCGAACGCAGAAGUGGAUGAGAGGAUGCUGAGGGAAAGUGCAAUCGGUCAGGAGCUGAAGCGGAUGACAUCAAAGGCAAAUGCGGAGAACGAAGAGACAACGGAGGAGGAAUGCGUUAUGAUCGAGGCGAGCUGGCCCCUGGACAAUGUGCCCGAAGAAGAAUUAGAGGAGUGCAAGUAA